AUGUCGACGAGGGGUACGGGCGGCGGCGCGUACCGGUGGGACCAGGACCCGCACCUGGGCGAGCACAUGCCCGACGCCGACGAGGUCAAUGCGGCGCUCGGGCGCGCCAUGAUGGCCGACUCGGCGUCGUCGCAGGGCCACGGCGGCGGCAUCGGCAUGGCCUACGGCGAGCCUGGCGACGGCGGGCACCAGGCGCACGACCCGCACGCGCUGUCGGCGCACCGGUACGGCGUAGCGCAGCACGCGUCCGAGUUGCGCCGCUCGACGACGCCGACCUACCCGCCGCCGAUCCCGUCGAUGGCGUCGACGUCGCGUGCCGCAUCUCGACAGGGCGACGUCGACUCGGCGAGGACGUCGACGUACGCCGCGAGCCACGACGGCCGGCGCCACCUCCAGCGCUCGACGACGCCCGACUAUGCGCCGGCGGGCGGGCUCGGCGCGCCUCUCGCUCUCGGCGGCGGCGGCAAGGCGGCGCACGAGCGGUCGAGCAGCGGCGAGUCGGCGGGAGCGUCGACACGCGAGGGGAGGAACUACUCGCGAGCGUCGACGUACGCGACGGCCGAGGACGACCCCGGCGAGGACGAGCACGGCGCGCCGAGGGGAGCGUACGCGAGGUAGACGGCGAGGCGUCUCGAUGGCUGAACCCCUCUCCCCUUCCUCGUUGCCCUCCUCGUCGUCGACUCUCGUCCGCCUCGCUCGAGGCUCUUGGACACUCUUCCCUCUCCCUCUCUCUCCGUGACUUUAUCUUGUCGUAUCUACUUGUAACACAGAGACACUGUCGUGCAUG